UUGUGCAUUUCAGGAGUGCAGGUAUAAAGAAGUGCUCCGGUCAUGUUCAAAGCUCUGCGCCAGCCUGGAGCGUUUGGAGCCGCUUGCGCACGACUUUCCUUCUGUCAGUCCGCCUCCUCUCCUCUCCACCUGCGUUUUCUCUGCUCCUCUGCUAUGGUCCUCUACUUGCACAGCUCCAACCUAAGCGCCACAGACAGCUCCAGCCUCAGCAGCGACGCCCCGACGCCCCAGAGCCGCGAUGGGCUGAGUCGGAGCGGCCACACCGCGGUGGCAGUGUGCCUCGGCUUCAUCCUGGUGGCCGGCAUCCUCAACAACUCUCUGACGCUGCUGGUCUUCGCCAAGUUCCGCUCCCUGUGGACGCCCAUCAACCUGAUCCUGCUCAACAUCAGCCUGAGCGACGUGCUGGUGUGCGUCUUCGGCACGCCGUUCAGCUUCGCCGCGAGUCUGCGCGGUAGGUGGCUCAUCGGGGAGUUCGGCUGCAAGUGGUACGGCUUCGCCAAUUCCCUUUUUGGUAUUGUUUCCCUGGUGUCCUUGUCCGUUCUUUCCUACGAGCGCUACAGCACCGUGCUGCAUUCCUCUAAGGUGGACGUCUCAGACUUCAGGAAGGCUUGGCUCUUCAUCGCAGGCACCUGGGUCUACUCGCUCCUCUGGACACUGCCACCCUUCCUGGGUUGGAGCAGCUACGGCCCCGAAGGUCCCGGAACCACUUGCUCUGUCCAGUGGCACCUGCGCUCGCCCACCAGCGUAUCCUAUGUGCUGUGUCUCUUUAUCUUCUGCUUGCUGCUGCCCCUGAUGCUCAUGGUCUACUCUUAUGGACGAAUCCUGCUUGCUAUAAGGAGGGUGGGUAAGGUUAACCUGCCGGCUGCUCAGCGCAGAGAGCAACACAUUCUGCUCAUGGUGCUCUCCAUGGUAUCCUGCUACAUGCUGUGCUGGAUGCCCUACGGCAUCACGGCGCUGAUGGCCACCUUCGGCAGGUCUGGGCUGGUCACUCCCCUGGCCAGCGUGGUGCCCUCCAUCCUGGCCAAGUUCAGCACGGUGGUCAACCCCAUCAUCUACGUGUUCUUUAACAACCAGUUCUACAGGUGCUUCGUGGCCUUCGUGAAGUGCAGCGGGGAAGCACACUCUGUUCAGGGAGAGAAACAGCCGGCUCUGAGACAUCAACAGUCAGAUGCCUUUCAUGGUUGGAAACAAACCUCCUCCAGCCCUUCAAAGCCUCAGUUACUCCGCAGCACCAGAAACACCACUCCCUGCAGCCGCCGCAAUGACAGAAACAUCCUGUUUGUCCAUUACACGCCAUGAAAGCUUCGGAAUUACAUUUCUCAGCUGCGGUUUUCGUUUUUUUUUUUUUUUUUUUUUUUAAAUCCAAAGUUUGUAUAAACGGAAAUGCAAUAUUGCUUAAUAACAAGAUCGUACAAGAAACCGCAGGCAUUAAUUCAUAUUUUCCACCUUCCUAUUAAACGUUAGCUUUUCUUUCACAUUGUGUUUGUUUCACUUUAACUCUAAGAGGCUUAUAUUAAUUUAAAUCCAAAUGCUUCACAUAACUACUCCCUAAAAAAGUGUGAAUAUAAUUUAAUCGUCAUUAUAUCCACUAUAGAUUUUUGUUUAACUGCUUUGAAUUCUGCAGAAAGUACUAGCAAAUGACCAUUAGGCUACUUAAAUAAUACCUGGUUAAUUAACAACGUUAAAGCUGAUCAAAUUUUGACCAAAAAGGAAAAACAUAAAAGUUGAUCACAAUACCCCUUAAUUCUGCCUUCGGCACUCGAGCCUAAACAUGAAUCUAUUACCGACGUUUAGUUGAUUCAGAUUAUCUGAACGCACAUGAACUCCCUGCAGUAGAGCUGCAGCUGAGAACGCACUGAACCACCAGGGGAAGCUAUGAAACGCUGUAAAAGAUGUCUGCGUAAAGCUUCACACCACUGACUGCAGCAAUAGUUAUAUUCUUGAAGUGGAUGUGUUGCUAUAAUUAAACACACGUGCAGAGAACUUACAUUGCACCCAUGCAAUGUAAGCUGCACUCUGCCCAUAUUUGCUUCUCUUUUAGGUUUUUUUUUUCCUAUCAGACACCUUCAUCGACUAGCUCGGUUUUUACCCUUCCUGUAAUAAAGAUAUUUAUCAUGC